GCAACAGCUAAAAGUGUGCUCCCAUGAACUCACGAGUCCACCCUUUGGCCUUGGCUGAGCUUUACCCCAGCACCAACCUCCUCUCGCCCUCCCAAUUUGUCACCAUAGUGAUUAUUACGAUCACAUCCUAUUUGCCGGACCAUCUGAUAAUAUCUCAACAUCAGUCACGCGUUAUCAGCAAGGGCUCACACGUGGGAGUACAAGCAACGUGGUGAUUUGCCGCAAAUAUAUCAAUAGCGUAUUCAAUGUUCGACGAUAAGCCUGCUAUAUGAGAACAUGUCAUUCACAGCUUUCCCUCGAUUACCUUAUGAGCUCCGUCGCACAAUUUGGAACGAGGCUUGCUGUGUUACCAGGGUCCUCGACCUCAGGAUAGAGCCCUUUCGCACUGAGGAUAUUCUUGUUGCUUUCUUCUACGAAUACGACGAUGCCCCGGCCACUGUUCGCACCUGGUGUCGCAUCGCUCCCCCUAUUCUGCAUGCUUCCCAAGAAUCUCGCAGCGUCGGUCUAAAGCAUUAUCAGCCCGACUUCGAUUACAACUUCACCAUACCAGGGAGUGAUACCAAGUUAAGCUUUACCGCGAAAGCAAAGAUAUACGUCAAUUGGGACUAUGAUAUCAUAUGUCCAUUUGACGCCCAUAGGGAUAGUGGGGAUGGCUUUGCACGCCAUGCCCUGAUGUUGAGACGCCUUCUUCACUGCGAUAAGCUUUCUCGUAUUGCGUUUGACGUGGAAGAUUUCCAACUCCUCAGAGAAGAAAUUGAAGAAUUAGCCAGUAGGAGCUCCAUUAUUGAACUCAGUCUGUUCUCGGCGGCUCUAGGCGAACCGUUUAUUCCAAAUUUUCGUCGUUCAAAACCAACUGCGUUCGAAUUGAUCGGUAUCGGUACUGAAGAAGAUAUUGAAGAGCUUCUUGAAAGAUUCGACACCGGUCAACCAGCCCAAAACUUGUUCAAUGUCGUGAAAGAUCUCAACGACAGGAUCACCACAAGGAGGAUGACUACUCCUCUCCCAGACUCUAGACCUGGGGCGAUUUUCAAACCCAGAAUUCUAGCUCCGUAUCAACAUUGGGAUCUCGUUUGGAUGAACAUGUUAGGACGUAAGAUUAGAGGGCUCAAAUAGCAUCAUUUGUAUUCGCAGAAGGUCAUAAAGUGCCGAUGACUAUCGACCUUUCAUCUCACUUUCCUCUGGGACAUCUUGCACAACGAACGAUGGUCAUCUCGGGGGAUCAUCGUUCAGAUGGCCGUCUCCAUGAAUUACUGUCAUUGCACCCAGACUC